UUGAGGAAACAGAUUAGACGAGUCCGGAUCUACGACGGGUACAAGGACCGCGACCUGGUGGCGGCGUUCAGAAACCAGGGGGUCCAGGUUAUGGUCGGCGUGGGGAACCAGGACGUUAUCCGCAUCGCCCGGGGACGGCCAAACGUGGCCCUCGACUGGCUUAAAAACAACAUCGGGCCUCACGCCGACCAGGUUCCCUUCAGGUGCAUCCUGGUGGGCGGGAACAACAUGCUAAAAAAUUUCAAAAUAGAUGUCUUCUAUUAG